AUGUCGUACGAAACUGACAGCUAUGACCAGCGCGAACGCGACCGCUCUCCCCGUCGCCGAUCUCGUUCGCCGCGUCGCUCUCGACGCUCCUACUCUCCCCGCAGCCGAUCGCGCAGCCGCGACGACUACCGCCGCAGUGAGCGUCGGUCGCGAUCGCCAAUAGGUGGUGCCCAGGGCACGGGAGCCUACCAGUCUUACGGAUCGAGUCGUGGAGGCCCGCCGCGCCCCCUCGACGCAGGCAACAAGGAGACCAUGAUGCAGACUAUCCGCGAGUCGUCCCAGCAGGACCGCCGUGUCUAUGUGGGGAAUCUGUCCUACGACGUGAAGUGGCAUCACCUGAAGGACUUCAUGAGACAGGCCGGCGAGGUCUUGUUCGCAGACGUGUUGCUGCUUCCGAAUGGAAUGUCAAAGGGCUGUGGCAUCGUGGAGUAUGCAACUCGGGAGCAGGCGCAGAACGCCGUGGCGACGCUCAGCAAUCAGAACCUGAUGGGUCGGCUCGUAUACGUUCGCGAGGAUCGAGAGGCCGAGCCUCGCUUCAGCAACCCUAGUGCCUCGCGCGGAGGCUUCGGCGGCGGUCCAGCAUUUGGCGGUGGAAACUUUGGCGCCGGCGGUGCUGGUGCUUAUCCUCCCCCCCCAGGCGGAGCCCGACAGGUCUAUGUUGCCAACCUUCCGUACAAUGUCGGCUGGCAGGACUUGAAGGACCUCUUCCGCCAAGCAGCUGUCACCGGAUCUGUCAUUCGCGCAGACGUCCACAUGGCUCCGGAUGGCCGCCCCAAGGGUUCCGGCAUUGUCGCAUUCGAUACCCCGGAGGACGCUCGGAACGCAAUCACCCAGUUCAAUGGAUAUGAAUGGCAGGGACGCAAUCUCGAGGUGCGCGAGGAUCGCUUUGCUGGCGCCCCUGGCGGUGGAUAUGGCCGUGGCGGCUUCGGAGGCGGCUUUGCCGGUCGCGGAGGCUUUGGUGGCCGCGGCGGAUUUGGUGGCCGCGGUGGCUAUGGAGGUGGCUUCGGAGGACGUGGUGGAUAUGCUGGCGGCGGAGGAGGUUUUGGUGGUGGCCCCAGUGCUGCUGCCCCCGCCUACGAUGCCACUGCUACGUCGAACCAACCGAAUCCAUUCACCGACUUUGCAACUUCUGGCGGAGAGCCGAGCAACACCAUCUAUGUCCGCAAUCUCCCAUGGUCUACCAGCAACGAGGAUCUGGUUGAGCUCUUCACCACUAUCGGUUCGGUCAAGCGCGCUGAGAUCCAAUACGAACCCAACGGACGCUCUCGCGGCACCGGUGUCGUCGAGUUUGAGAAGGGCACCGAUGCCGAGACCUCUAUUCAGAAGUUCACCGGUUACCAGUACGGCGGCAGGCCGCUUGGCUUGACCUACGUUCGCUACACUAACCAGAGCAACGGCGAUGCCAUGGAGGGCACCGAAGCGACCGCCGGCCUGACUCAGGACCAGAUCAUGUAA